AAACAUUUCUCGCACAUCCAUCAGUCCUUAACUCAUGGUCAAGCUCCACCCAUACUAGCACGUCCUUCAUAAUGGCGAGCCGCAACCUCUACCUUACGUACAAGAAAGACACCAGUCGACUUUUAUACUGGGUCAUCAACACAUCCAACGGCAUCAUCCAGUCGGGGAUAAAUGCAGAACAAUAUGCACCCGUCGCAAUCAAUACCACAGGCUGGAGUACCGUUGCCGAGAUCGUCAGCAUGUCCCGACUCAUUGCAGGAAACCUCAAGCCAAUACCAUCCGCCAUCUUCGAGCUGUUUCAGGCCGUCAUUCAAGCACGAUCGACCAUGUAUGCUGCUUUCCAGCAGAUUGUGAGCGAAAAACAUGAUCCGGAUAUUGAGAGAAGCAACGCGACCCACAAGCACUUCAUCGACGCACUGACAGAGGCUUUUGACGCACUCGGCGGCAAUUCACGGGGCUCAAGCAACGUCUCUUCUGCCGGAGAGGUGGUCGACGACGAACGUAUCUUCCAAAAUCAAUUCUCUGCCCUGAGUCUUGGUACAGCGAAAGAUGACGAUGGCGAUGCUUCAUCAGAUGAUGGCACUCACCUAACACAGGCAAGACAACAGAAGAAGAAGACCGGGAAAGGAAAGAAAGGAAAGCGAGGCAAGAAGUCAAAGCGAAAGCCAGCCUCGGAGUCCAUUGCAGACCCCCCCUUGGCUGAUAUCCCUGUCGAAAGCUAUCGCAUCAUCGAGGACAAAGAUGGCCUUGUGUCCGAGUAUCUCUUGGCUGUAUAUGCAGUUGUACACGAGUGGAACGAGUUGAGGUCUUUCACUCAAGAUCUUUGGCGUGAAGUAGCUUACGAUGGCCUCAAUGGUGCCGUAGCCGCGUCAUUGACUAGCACCGCAGUUGCAAAGGUCAAACAGACAUGCAUUGCCGUAUUUGCGGAUUUUCCAGGCCACGAGUCGUACGACACCAUCAUACAGACAAUCACACGGGGUAAUCCAGACAAGGCUCAAGCACAAUUCAGCCUGAGCCUUUACCGCAUUUCGGCUUGCGGCCAUCAGAACGAAAAGGUCCAGGAGCGAAGGCUUGAUGUAAAGGAGCACUUCUGGGUGCACGCCUACAAUGAUCUGGUGACAUUUAUAUCUGAUUACCAGAAGAACCGAACCGGCAAACCGACCAAGGCAAUGCAAGAACAGCUCAACAAAUGGAGUCCAACCUUCGAUCUUCAGCGCGCUUCAAACGAGGAGCGUGUCAGCUGGCGCCGUUCGUACACCGUCAAUUGGCUCUACGAUUUAGUCAAUGUGUUCUCAUCCAUUGUCGUCCAGCGGAACACAAUGAAAGGUGAGCGGCAUGUAUAUGAAGACGUCGACUGGUCAACGACCGGUCCCUGGCAUCAACAUCGAAGGCUCUUCGGAUUGAACGAAUUUGCUGGCGACAUCACCGCAAUCGCCAUGCAGAAACCGAGCACGGAUAUUCGGAGAAAGAUCCUUCCUCACCAUGUCUUUCAACUACAAUGUAUUGUCGAUUCUUUUACUGCUUCCCGGGGUUGGACGCUGAGCCCUCUUCGUGGCCAUAUCUUGGCUCCACCUCCACGGAAGUUUCGUCCGAGGCGCGACGUUGACCUCUUCUUAGACCGCGAAGUCCGGAGAAAUGGCAAAAACGGCCAAGGCCUACUUCAAUCAAUCCAUGUACUGACGCAGCUACUGCAAAAAGAUGCCGACCUACAUCAAGAUCCGAACCGGCACAAGGCACAAUCCGAUCUCCUUGAGGAUCUGAAAUUCGAUUUCGUCAACUGGCUGGGCGAAUCCAAGUACAUGUAUGGUCUCAACACUAUACCCGCCUCGCGAUUCUCGAAGCACAAUGCAAAUGGGCUAUGGGAGUACUCUCCAUUACUGUGUGCAGCUGGCUUGAUUGAAGGGCUCAUUAUUGUACAACGUGUCGUGAUGAACCUGUGGGACAAGAUUCCAGAGCCUACCCUUGCCCUUCACUUACAUAACAUGCUCGUUAAGAAGGGCUACCUGAAGAAGGAAGUCGGGCUGUACGCAACACUAGAGAGCCUUCUCCAAGACUCAUUCUUCCCCGGAGGCAUUCCAACUGAUAAUUUUUCCGAUGCUCUCGUCGCCCGAGUGGGGCAGGAACGCAGCAAAGGUGCGUUGUCACGCCAACAAGCAGUGAGUCGAGAUAUGACCAAGGAUAUCCACCACCUUCUGGAUGCCAGCUUCAACCGCUUCUUCAGGGACAAAUCAGCGCUCAUGAUGUAUUAUGACGCUGAUUGGGUGCCUGAGCAAAUUCCGGACAACGCGGUCAGGAUCCCAUCUAUGCUGUACAUGAUUCGCCUGAUGGGCACCGAGCGAGUGAUUGAUCCUGCCACUAACGAGAAGCGGCUCAAAGAGACCGAAAUUAUCAAGCGUGCCAAAGCACAAGGACAAACUGACGCCGCGCUGCUAAAUGCGGCGUCCAUCUCAAUUCCAGAUAGGGAUACCAACGACGAAGAUUCUGAAGCGAUUAUGCGUCGCAUUUCCGACUCGAACGAUUACAAGACCGGCCCACGACGCAAUCCGUACCAUGUUUCAGAACAGCAAAAACCUGAACAGCUUCAAGGACGUGCCCUGCUCGACAUUCUCCGACUUGAUAUAUUCGCUGAUGUCUGUGGCAAGACUCCGGAAUCCAGUCUGAACUAUGUGUGGAUCACUUGUCACAUCAUGCUUCUGUUCAUGGAGUUCGAGGACCGGUUUCGCAAGGCUCGUCACCCGCUGUGGAUCAAAGCGUAUGAGCAACCGCCACCCCAAUUGAGGCGCCAGAAGAGACUUGCAUUAGUCGUGGCGGCGAUGACUGAUGAAGACGACCAGGCCAUGAAGAUCUUUGCUGAGGGAUUCGAGAAAUUGAGGCUGGGCGCGCUUGCUUGCAUCUUUUGGGAAGAUCUGCGGGAGGAAGAGUCUGGCGCGAAGCCUAAAGGAGACGAUGAUGAGAUCCCCACGGAUCAGUGCACGGUCAUGUAACUAUGAAUGAUAGUAGAGAUUGAACUCGAUGAUACCGGAAAUAUUUUCUUGGGCGCAGAUUAAGUGAUAUUACUGAUAAAUCGGCUGAUCUAGCAGUCUACAAGUAGUAGCAUAACGGCAUCACUUAAAAUAGAGUUGGAUAAAGAGGAAAUUUUCUCGUAAACCAUGGGAUAGG